CCAUUACCAUUGAAAAAAUUAACUCUAUUUAAAAGUAACUCUUAAAUUUAUUUACAGAUCAAGGCGGCUUACAAUGGAGGUGACGAUGGCGGAACACGGCGAAACAUUGCCGGAGCACAAGUUAGACACGGCGGCUCUUUACGACACCCUCCGGCAGAGCAAGGCUUCGGUGGAGGAAGCGGUGGCCAAAAUGCUUGCCAUUAAGAAAGAAGCCCGGCCCAAAUCCCAACUCCGAGAACUAGCCACUCAAAUUCUCCUCAAUAUUGUUACUCUCCGCCAGGCUAACAGGUCUAUCUUGCUUGAAGAAGAUUCUGUGAAAGCAGAAACUGAACGUGCUAAAGCAUCUGUGGAGCUCGCAACCUUGCAGCUCCAGAGUUUGCUAUAUGAGAAAAAUCACCAAAUUAAAGCAAUAAAGGCUUGCAAGGACUUGGACACUAAAUAUCCUGACAUUGAACUUGUACCUCAAGAAGAGUUCUUCAGAGAUGCACCAGCAGAGAUAAAAGACUCUUUAAUAUCAAAAGACAGUGAACAAAAUUUGAUGCUUAAAAGGCUCAACUUUGAGAUGUACCAGCGUAAAGAAUUAUGCAAACACCGCAAGAAAUUAGAACAAAGAAAGAAAGCUCUACAAGAGACUGUUGCUCACAGGAAGAAGUUCUUAUCAAGUCUCCCUCCUCACCUCAAAUCUCUAAAAAAGGCAUCCUUGCCGGUGCAGCAACAAUUAGGGGUUUUGCACAUGAAGAAACUAAAGCAGCAGCAAUUAGCUGAAUUGCUUCCACCUCCUCUUUAUGUAAUUUACUCUCAGUUGCUUACUUUAAAGGAAACUUUUGGAGAGAAUAUUGACCUGGAGCUUAUAGGAAGCUUGAAGGAUGCGCAAGAUAUUGCUUGCCAGCUAGCAAACAAAUCCACUGGGAUAUCAACAAAAUCAGAGGAUUCUAAUUCAGGUGACGUGCCUGAUGGCGAAGAUGAGGGUCAAAGGAGUAAGCGAUUGAAGAACAGUUCAAGGAGGGAAAAUCUUGACCAGUCAGGAAUAUAUGAAGCUCAUCCACUUAAAAUUGCUCUCCACAUAAAUGAUGAUGUCGCUGUAGAUUCAAACUCUAAAGAACUUAUUGUUUUGGAGUUUGAAUACUUGAUAAAAUUGAAUGUCGCGUGCGUAGGAGUCAAGGAUUCUGAAGAAGGUCCUGAGAAUAAUAUCUUGUGCAACUUAUUCACUGAUGAUAACGGCCUUGAGCUCCCUCGACAGUCGGCAAAGCUAAUGAUCGGCGAUUGUUACUCGUUUCAAGAAAGGAGAACUUCACGGCCAUACAAAUGGGCGCAGCAUUUGGCAGGCAUUGAUUUUCUUCCAGAGUUGGCACCUUUAUUUAAAGUAUCUGAAACUUCGAACGAUGAAACUGCUAGAAAUGCUGCUAUUUUAUCGAGUUUGUCUCUAUAUCAUCAGCAGAAUAGGGUGCAGACUAUUGUUCAAAGAAUACGUGCUCGUAUAAAGGCUUAGCUUGUUCUUGCUUGAGUCCUGCCUUAGCCGGAUUGUUGUAGUCAUAGGUACAAAGGCAAAUUGUAGUCUAACCAACAUGCACCUUCUACAUUUUGGCUUUGAUGGUUUAUGUCGUGUUUGCCACUGAGUUUUUAUACAGUUAUUAUUAUGGUGCUUUACCUGUGAUUCUAUGCUCCUUUAUUUGCAGUCAUAAAAUUCCUUUUA